AUGACAGAUAUAGCAUUUUUCCACUGUCGUAACUGUGAGAUGGGUUCCGCUCUAGGCGGACUGCUAGAGAAGCACAUGGAAAAAUUCUGCAUUGGAAGAGAAAUGGCAAUGAAUAUAAAAUACCGGCACAGGCAAGCACAGCAUAAAGGGAAAGAGCCCAAGAAAACAGAAAUGGCAGACAGCAUGCUUCAUGUGUCGAAGCCAGAAAGAGACAAUUUCAGAUAUGUCAAGGGAAAUGGGGAACACGAGCAACAAGUCCAUAAUGUUAGAAGCUCCGAUGAUAAUGGAAGAGUUUCAGAUAACCAGGCCUUGAAAAAACUGACUGAAGAGUUCCACAAAUUGAGGAUAUCACUUGAAGGCACACAUCCAACAUUUCGGACACUUCAGAAUGAAAACCAAACACCUCACCAGCAAGAACACUGUCAGCGUCAUAGGCAAAUAGUAGGUGCACAUGAGCGCCAGUUGGCUGAAAUCCAAGCUAGCAACCAACACCUGGAACAGCAAAAAGAUGAAAUUCGUACACGCUGUCAGAGUGAAUUAGGGAACUCUUCUUCAUCUCAGAUAGAAGAGUUGUUGAUGGAGCUGAAUACCCAAGAAAAAAAGAACAAGUUGACUUUAAAUGCACUGAGGGAACAGGUGGAACUUCUGCAGGUAGCAACAGGGAACAGAAGCAAUCUGGAUUCUGCCACCAAUAGAAAGACAGGUGGCACUGUAAAUAAAAUGGACGAGAAUGCCAUCAAGUCUAUGGUGUUUCCAGCAGCUAUUGGGCCCCUCUCUUCUGAGAUACAGAUGCUGUACCUGACUUACUUGCAGAGUGGAGGCAGUGACCAUCACAUUGUCCGUCAGAUGUAUGAACUGCAGCUGGAGGCCACAGCACUGGAAAAAAAUAGCACAAAGCCUAAACAAAGGGGUAGAAAGAAAGUGAAAUAUGAAGAUGAUCUCAACUCAAAGAUGGACGCAGAACUCUUGUCGGUUGAGUUAGAGACACGUCUGGAAGAUGAGAUAUUGAAAAUGAAAAUUCUGAAGGACAGAAGGAGAAUGGAAAAUGGUUCUUUGGACUUAGAGCUGGACAACUUGCAACAAGUACAUAUGGCAGAAAUGGCUCAGCUACAUGCUGAGAUUGGUAGGCUGAGACACAAUAUUGAAAGGAGGAAAGUUCAGUGGCCUAGAAGACGAUCGCCACCCCUUCUUCCACCUCCUAUAGCACCACCUCUGCCACCUCCUCCUCCUCACCUUGGACUUCCUGAUCCCACCAUUCUGGCUAGAACUAUGGACCCCUUGAGAUCAUCUGCUACAGGAAUAAACCAGUACUUUCUGGAUCCCUCUGACACACUAGGACCAGCUCCAUAUGAUCCAGUAUCUGGUUUUGUAGUAUUCUAUGAUUUUCUUUUGGGGUUGGAUCCUAUGUUCUACCAUGUUCGCCUGGUCUCUGGUUUAUAUCGUAAUUGCCAGCAACUAGGGAAGUCCACACCUCUUCCUAUUGUCUCCUCUGAUAUGGGCCACUCUCCACAGUCUCUGAUGGACAGGCAAAGAGCAUGCUGUGCCAUCUUAGCAGCUAGACAGCCAGUCCCAAGAAUCCUACCUUCAACCUCCAUCAGCCUUGUAGCUGAGCUUCAGGCCUCUGGAGGUUUUGAUGUUUAUGGGCAGGAAAUCCAGAAUUUGUCCCCCAGAGGAUGGGCUAAAAUCAACAUUUUUGACCACCUGCACCAAGUGAUGAGUGGGCAUUGGAAAGUUCCUAUACGCGUGCUUCCUGUAAAGCCAGGUCUUACUGAAGAACAGUUGAAUGGUGUGCCUCAGGUUGGCAAAGCUGAGCUUUAUUUGCGGCUGGUGAAUGCAAGAGAUGCUGAUAUGCAAUCAAUGGCUGAUAUCCAGCCUGGCAGAGCUUCCUUAUAUAAAUAUCCUCCUACAGCGUCCAGUUCCACAGUGCCUCCCAUUGAUUUCUCUCCAACCCAGCAUUCUUUCCAUCCUGCUCCCACCAGCCUGUCCUUUUCUGCUUCUCCUUACACUGGUUUAGUUGACCCUCCUCCUAAUCAGGAACAGUCUGUCCAGCUUAAAUCUAAUGAAAGGUGA